AUGGGUGGGCCGCGCGGACCGGAGGAGCUAUCAGAUUCGUUAAUGAAUCCUUCAGUACCAAGACAACAUAUCACUAGUGUGGACCGCUUGCAUGUAAGUGGCCUGAACUUAGAGGCUGCUGCUGCUUCUCUGUGUCGUCUCUAUCGUUUGCACGCUCCUAGCAGCAGCAGCUGCUGCUGUAGCAGCAGCUACAGCAGCAGCAGCAGAAUGGGUGGUGCUGCGCUGCUGUUAGCCCCUGAGAGGGGAGCAACAGACACUACACUACAAUCCGAGGCGGAGGCACUCGUCUCAGCAGCAGCAUUAUUAUCCUCUAUUUUAAAUGAUAUAAGAACAGAGGAGCACCAAAACAAAUGCAGCAACAGCAGCAGCAGCAGCAGCAGCAAGGAUACAGAAGAUAUACAAAGGAGCCACCAGCGAUUUUCCCACCUUGCCCAGGCACUUGCACUGCUGCUAGAACUCCAGCAGCAGCAGCAGCAACAGCAGCAGCUACAGCAGCACCAGCAGCAGCAACAGCAGCAGCAGCACGAAUACAGUGCGUCGCGCUGCUGUUGCUUCUAUUGCUGCAGAGAAGGAGAAGAUUUGCCAGAGGCAAGUGUAACUGCCGCUACCAAGGAGAAGCAGCAGCAGCAGCAGCAGCAACAACAACAACAACAACAACAGCAGCAACAGCAGCAGAAGCAGCAACAGCAACAACCACAGCGAGUGGUUCUUCUUGCUGCUGCUGCUGCUGCAGCAGCAGCAAGAAGAACCACUGCUGUUAUUGCCUUAGCCCCUCCCUCUUUCUUAGGUCCAGUAGGCUCUCUUCUUACGUUGCUGCUGCAGCAGCAGCAGGUGCUGCAGGAGCAUGCAGAGCAGCAGUUGCUGCAGAAACAGGAGCAGCUACUGCUGCAGCAGCAGCAGCACCUGCUGCAGCAACCUGCUGCCUCCGUUCCUGUACGGGUUGGCCUUCUUUUUGUUAGUGAGGAUGCGGAUACAAAUGAUUUCACUGAGGAUCCUGCUGCUGCAGCAGCAGCAACAGGGGCAACAACAGCAGCAACAACAACAACAACAGCAGCAGCAGCAGCAGAAAAACCAAACGCAGCAGCACCUCUAGCAGCAGUGUACAGCAGCCUUCGUGUCUGCGCCGUGCAGCUGCUUACAAGGCCUGCUCAUUGUGCUGCUGCUGCUGCUGCUGCUGCUGUUUCCUCAGCUAUGGCCUUCCCUUCUGCCAUCGUUCCAUCAUACAGCUCCACUCUCUGUCUUCAUAUUGGCUUUCGGCAUUUUGAAGUUGCUGACCGCCACGGCUGCUCAUUUUAUGCGAGACAAGUAUAA